ACGUGUUCUGAAGUGUAGGAGUACAUAGACAGAUCUCCAGUGGCAGAGUAAGAGGAUGACUUGCUGCGAUUCUGGAUGGCUUUGCAGUGAUUUUUGCUCAAGUGAGUAACCAUGCCAUUUUUGGGCCAAGACUGGAGAUCCCCUGGAUGGAGAUGGGUUAAAACAGAAGAUGGAUGGAAACGAUGUGAACCCUUCAGUCCUGCACUUGAGGAUGGGAAUAAUCAGCUGAGUGAUAUCAGUCACACUGUCAUCUUAACUGGUGAUGAUGAAGAUGAAGAAAUAUACAGUACUGAAGACUGUGAGCUUGCAGCCAAGAAAAGGAAAAAAGACCAUUUUAGGAAUAACACAGAUUCACAAUGUUUUUAUCGUGAAAAGUGGAUUUAUGUUCAUAAAGAAAGCACCAAGGAAAGACAUGGCUAUUGCACUUUGGGAGAAGCUUUUAACCGCUUAGACUUUUCAAGUGCAAUUCAGGACAUCAGAAGGUUCAAUUAUGUGGUCAAACUUUUGCAGUUAAUUGCAAAAUCCCAGUUAACUUCACUGAGUGGUGCAGCACAGAAGAACUACUUUAACAUUUUGGACAAAAUUGUGCGGAAGGUCAUGGAAGACCAAUAUAAUCCACGAUUAAUCAAAGAUCUUCUACAGGAUCUGAGUUCUACUCUCUGUAUACUGAUUAGGGGAGUAGGAAAAUCUGUGUUGGUAGGGAACAUCAAUAUUUGGAUUUGCCGAUUAGAAACUAUCCUUCUGUGGCAACAACAACUAAAAAACCUUCAGAUGAACAAGCAAGUCAACAAUGGUCUUACGCUUAGCGAUCUCCCUCUCCAUAUGCUGAAUAACAUCUUAUAUAGGUUCUCUGAUGGCUGGGACAUUAUUACUCUGGGUCAAGUGACCCCAACUUUGUACAUGCUCAGUGAAGACAGGCAGUUGUGGAAAAAACUCUGCCAGUACCAUUUUGCGGAAAAGCAGUUUUGUAGGCAUUUGAUUCCAUCAGAGAAGGGUCACAUUGACUGGAAGCUCAUGUACUUUGCACUUCAGAAAUAUUACCCAGUAAAGGAACAGUAUGGGGACACCUUGCAUUUCUGUCGACACUGUAGUAUUCUGUUUUGGAAGGACUACCACCUUGCAUUGUUACUCAAGGAUACAGGACACCCCUGCACAGCCAGUGAUCCAAACACCUGUCUCAUGCCAGUGUCUCCUCAGCAUUUCAUUGAUCUCUUCAAAUUUUGAGAUGUUCAGUAGCUGUUCUCCUGUGUUUGUGGUCAUUUUUGUGAAGAGUCAGGCAGGAUACAUUAUGCUUUUUGUGCAAUAUAUUUAAGUGUAAUGUUUUGUUGUAGUUUGAAAAAAGAUAUGGGGGGGAAUAUCAGGCAGGUUUAUUUGGCAUUUUGUUAUUGUGCAGAAAAGAGCUGAGGAGGAGGAGAAACAUUAAGAAAGCUACUUUUGUCAGGAAAUCUGCAGUGGACUUCUUUUCAAGUCCAAGAAAGACCAUCUUAAUCUCAACUUUAAAUCCAUUCUUUUUACGCCUUAAUAGUUGGUUAAAAUUAUGUGGGGGAGUUUUGAAAAUUUAAUGGAAGAGCUGAACUACUCUUACAGGGACCAAAGGAGGUGCUUUUUUGUUAAUCCUUCUUUCUUGAAGCCACUGUUUUCAAAACACCUCCAUAUAACUUGCAGUAUUAUAAAGAAUAGGCCAAUAUUCUCUAGGACUCUUAGUAUAUCAGUUACCAAGGUGGCAUGAAUCAUUCUGAGCUAGUGAAUAAAAUACAGCUGUGGUUAUAUCUGAACCUAUGAGUGAAGGAAAUCAACCAAUCUUUGUACAUACAUUAUGCAAAAAUAUUUAUUUUUCUUAAGGACUUUAUUAAACACAUAACCUAUCUCAGCACAUCCUGCAUAACACAAGAGGCAGAUCUGGGGCUACUGGAAAGUGACUUCUUUUUUUGAUGGUAGCUACAGCCUUCAUUUAUACUGUUUAGUAUGUCUACAAAUGCAACUGCAUUAAUUCAUCUUCUAAGAAGAAGACGUUAUUGAAAUUUAAUGAGAAUGGAGUUGCUUGUUUCUGGGCUGGUACAGUGGCAGGGCGUCAUACUACCAACUGAGGUUCUAACCUGACAAGUCUUUGCAAGCUAUGGGAAACACUGAAGAUCAGUCUGAGCUGAAGCACCUUCUGCCAAGUUCAUCAGACAAUAAACUCUCCAGGAUACUAUUUUCUCCUGUAGAACAAAAUUAAUUGCUUGGCUUAGGCAGGUAAAGGAAAGACUAGGGAAGUUUUGGGGUUUGUCAAUGAAACUUAACAAAUAAUAUGUAAUGUACAGGAAAAAAUAAAUCAUGUACUAUAUUCUGCA